AUGGCUAGAGACUCUACGAGAUUGCUCCGCUCACUUCACGGAUUGCCCGGCGACUACAACCUUGUCGCACUGGACUACCUUCCCAAGGCUGGCGUCAAAUGGGUGGGCAGCGUCAAUGAGCUCAACGCAGGUUAUGCUGCAGAUGGCUAUGCCCGUGUCAAGGGAGUCUCGGCCAUCAUGACCACCUUUGGCGUAGGUGAGCUGUCGGCCAUCAAUGCCCUCGCCGGCGCCUACUCGGAACACAUUCCUGUCGUUCACAUUGUCGGAUGUCCCUCCACCGUAUCACAGCGAAACGGUAUGCUGUUGCACCACACUCUCGGCAAUGGCGAUUUCAAUGUCUUCGCCAACAUGAGCUCCCAGAUCUCCUGCAACAUGGCCAAGCUCAACAACCCUGCCGAGAUUGCGACCCAGAUUGAUUAUGCUCUUCAGCAGUGCUACAUUCAGAGCAGGCCUGUCUACAUCAUGUUGCCUACCGACAUGGUGGAAAAGAAGAUCGAGGGCGCCCGACUCAAGACACCGAUCGAUCUUGAGGAGGCACCCAACGACCCAGAAAAGGAGGACUACGUCGUCGAUGUCGUCUUGAAGUACCUCCACGCUGCCAAGAAGCCAGUUAUGCUCGUGGACGCCUGUGCUAUUCGUCACAGAGUGCUAGACGAGACCCACGCGUUGUUGGAGAAGUCUGGUAUCCCCGUCUUUGUGACGCCCAUGGGAAAGAGUGCCAUUAAUGAGACACACUCCAACUACGGUGGUGUCUACGCCGGCGAGGCCUCGCGCCCCGAAGUCAAGGAGAAGAUAGAGUCGGCGGACUUGAUUUUGUCCAUCGGUACUCUCAAGAGCGACUUCAACACAGCCGGCUUCUCGUAUCGAACCUCUCAGCUCAACACCAUUGACUUCCACAGCACACACACCGUGGUACGAUACUCGGAAUAUCCUGGCGUCAAGAUGAGGGGCGUGCUCCGUAAAGUGACGGAGAAGCUUGACCUCAGCAAACUGUCGGUCAUCCCGUCGCCAGAUGCCCCUGUCGCCCUGCCGACGAAGGAAGAGGAUUCGUCACAGACAAUCACUCAGGCGUGGCUGUGGCCCAGAGUAGGCCACUUCUUACGCAAGAACGAUAUUGUAGUGACGGAGACUGGCACUGCCAAUUUCGGUAUCUGGGACACAGCCUUCCCAAGUGGUGUCACGGCUCUGAGCCAGGUUCUCUGGGGCAGCAUCGGAUGGUCUGUCGGCGCUUGCCAGGGCGCUGCUCUGGCCUCCAAGGACGCCCAGACUGACAGGCGGACUAUCCUGUUUGUGGGCGAUGGAUCAUUCCAGCUCACCGCCCAAGAGGUCACCACGAUGAUCCGCCAUCAACUCAGAGUAACAAUCUUUGUCAUUUGCAACGACGGCUACACGAUCGAGCGUUUCAUCCACGGCAUGGACGCCGGAUACAAUGAUGUUGUUCAGUGGAAGUACCAGGACACGGUCACGGUGUUCGGCGGCACCGACAAGACUGCCAAGAAAUUCCAGGUUCGCACCAAGGAGGAGCUGGACAAGCUCUUCAAGGACGAGAGCUUCAACAAUGCCAAGGAGGUGCAGUUUGUCGAGCUGUACAUGGAGAAGAAGGAUGCGCCGAGGGCACUCAUCAUGACGGCAGAGGCCAGUGCCAAGACAAAUGCGAAGGACAGCUAGUGUACUCAUGAUGUUUUGGCGGGGAGAUUAUGGCAAGACCUAAGGUUGGAGGAGACUGAAUGCGUUGUAAGGACUGAACAGAAAUUACCAAAAUAAACCACUAAUGUUACCCUCGAUAUUCUCAUGAGCAACGUGGGACA